CGCAUGGUCACGCGCACGCCGCUUUUCCAUCGCUAUCUGUCUGCCGCGCGCGCGCGCGGCCGGUUGGGUUUCCACGAAUCCACAUUGCGCCAAUACGCGUGCGCGUCCAGGUACCGUGUGAACGCCGAGAGACAGAGAAAGAGCAAGAGAGAACGAGAGAGCGAGAGAAAGAGACAGCGAGAGAGAGCAAGCGUUAGAUAGAAAGAGAGCGAGAGAGAGAGAGAGAGCGAGCGAGCGAGCGAGCGCAUCUUUCGUCGUCACGUCGGUCUUCUUCCUCAUCUUCUUUCCCUGCGUGUGUCGCUCCUCGACGGAGAAAGCCGGAGCGAAGAUCUCCUUGGAAAUAUCUUUUUUUUCCCCCCUGUUUUUAUAUUUUCAUAUAUUUGGUCGCGCGCUGUCGGGGCGCGCGCGCGUGCGUGUGUGUGAAUGGUGGACUUGGCCAACAUGGAGGCUGUGGAGAAGGAAUGCGGGGCCCUUGGGGGUCUUUUCCAAGCCAUUGUCAACGACAUGAAGUGCUCCUAUCCAGUGUGGGAGGACUUUAGCGCAAAGGCUACCAAGCUUCAUUCACAGCUCAGAACUACGGUUUUGGCGGCGGUGGCCUUCCUGGAUGCUUUCCAGAAGGUAGCGGACAUGGCGACCAACACGAGAGGGGCCACCAGAGACAUCGGCUCAGCUCUGACCAGGAUGUGCAUGAGGCAUCGCAGCAUCGAGGCUAAACUCCGACAGUUCACCAAUGCGUUGAUGGAGAGCCUCAUCAUGCCUCUGCAGGACAAGAUUGAGGACUGGAAGAAGACAGCCAACCAGUUGGACAAGGACCACGCCAAAGAGUACAAGCGGUCGCGACACGAGAUCAAGAAGAAGUCGUCGGACACCAUGAAGCUCCAGAAGAAAGCUCGCAAAGAGAUCCAGGGGCGCGGUGACCUGCAGCCUCAGCUAGACAGCGCCAUGCAGGACGUGACUGACAUGUGUCUGCUGAUGGAGGAGAUGGAGAAGCAGGCGGUGCGGCGGGCCCUGGUGGAGGAACGGGGACGAUUUUGCACCUUCAGCGCAUUCUUGCAGCCAGUUGUGAAUGGCGAGAUUGCCAUGUUGGGGGAGAUCACACACCUGCAGGCCAUCAUUGACGACCUCACUGUGCUCACCACAGACCCACACAAGCUGCCGCCUGCCAGUGAACAGGUGAUCAAGGACCUCAAGGGUUCCGACUACAGCUGGUCCUAUCAGACUCCGCCCUCUUCGCCCAGCAGCUCCAGCUCCCGCAAAAGCAGCAUGUGCAGCAGUGUCAACAGUGGCCACAGUAGCGCCUCCCGCUCGUCCGGUGGAGGCGGGGGUGGCCCGGGUGGCGGCGGGGGCUCGCUGCCCCACUCACCCACCUCCUCUUCCGCGUCCUCGUAUCGCUACCGCAGCAGCCUGCCGUGCCAUGCCGGGGGAGCGGCGGGGGGCAUCGCCGCCCACCGCCUCAGCAGCGUCUCGUCCCACGACUCGGGCUUCGUUUCUCAGGACGCCAACAUUUACUCCAAGCCGCCCUCGCCCAUGCCCUCCGACAUCACCAGUCAGAAGUCGUCCAGCUCGGCGUCAUCGGAGGCCUCCGAAACGUGCCAGUCGGUCAGCGAAUGCAACUCGCCCACCACGUUUGGCUCGUCCUUCGCUACCUUCCGCCCCGCUCUCUCUCACUCAGGCUCGCCCAGGCCUCACUCUGUCACCUCACUUCCUGUCACCGCGCCCUCACCCUAUAGCCGGUCCUCCGGCUCCUGCUCCUCUUCUCCCACAUCCUGCAAGGUUCCCACCUGGAAGGACUGGUCCAAAGCAGGUUCCUACGAGCAGCCCGUGGCCGCCGCCGUGGCCGCCGCCAGCACGGUCCAGAGGAGGAAGGAGCCGCCGCUGGAUAGGUUGCGGGAAAACGAGGGCUCGCCCAGUGCGCAAGGCUACGCCGGCCCGUCCCACGCCGACGAGGCCCAGAGGCCCCGAAUGUCCUCCGCUGCCAAGUACGGAGACGAGGCGUCUCCAGCCGCCAGCGACCUGGCCAUGGUUCUGACCCGAGGGCUGAGCACGGAGCAGCAAAAGAGCAGCAGGGACUCUCUGCAGUACUCCAGCGGAUACAGCACCGAGACCACCACCCCCUCCUGCUCCGAGGACACCAUCCCCUCUCAGGGUUCCGAUUACGACGGCUACUCGGUGAACGGCGACGCCGAAGGCCCGGACGCUCAGACGGACUUUGACAAGUCGUCCACCAUCCCUCGCCACUCCAACAUUGCGCAGAAUUACCGGCGCAUGAUCCAGACCAAGCGGCCCGCCAGCACGGCCGGACUGCCCAGCGGGGUCCUGGGACCCGGGGGUCACGUCUUACCCCCCGGGGCGGGCGCUGGCUCCGGCACUCCCGGCACCGCCACCAUCCGUAGAACGCCGUCCACCAAACCGGGCGUGAGACGCACCCUCUCCAGCGCCGGCCCCAUUCCCAUCCGACCCCCCAUCGUGCCUGUCAAGACGCCCACCAUUCCCGGAGACUCCCACUCUCCCGGGGCCGCCGGAGGGGUUCCGGUCCGAGUGGGCAGCGAGGAGUGCGUCUUUGUGGCGGACGACGCCCAGGGAGCGCUGGAUUACGUGAAGGCGUCGCCCAAACGCCUUAGCCUCCCCAACACCGCCUGGGGCUCCGGGGCGGCUCUCGAGGUCUACGCCCAGCAACGCGGAGCCGCGGGGCUGGGCUCCGGCUCCGAAGAGGAAAAGAUGAUCGCCGCCAACCGCCACAGCUUGGUGGAGAAGAUUGGCGAGCUGGUGGCCGGCGCGCACGCCCUGGGGGAGGGGCAGUUCCCUUUCCCGACCCUCCCGGAUGACCCCGCCGCCGCCGCCACGGGGCUCGGCGCCGACGCCCUGGAGGAGGCAGGGGGCUCCUCCGGCGACAUGCUGACCACCAUCAGGAGGGGCGUUCGACUCCGCAAGACGGUCUCCAACGACCGCUCGGCACCGCGCAUCUUGUGAUCGAUCGGCAUGGCGGAGGCUCCUGUUCGACCAGUAGGGAAAAUCUCAUCAUAUACGUAAAACAAGACGAAUGAAAACAUACGCAAACGGAAAAAGAUACCGGUAGAGCUGACGCGAUCAAAUGUAAACACGUUAGCGCCGUAACUCGUGUGUGUGUGUGUGUGUGUGUGUGUGUGUGUGUGUGUGCGUGCGUAGGACGCAUGUUUUCUCUUCAGGAUACUCAUGGAAAUCUGUUUCAGCAUUUAUUUUAUACUCUCGAUAAGCACCCAUGUAGUAUUUUGCUCUUAGGAUGACUUUAGCAUACAGUACGAGUAGGGACAACUACUAGUACAUGAUAGUAUACUAGUUAACAUGCCGUGCUUACCGAGUAGUACAAGUAGCACAUGGAUGUCAACUACUUGUGUGUAAUAAAUGCUCAAAUGGCUUUCCAUGUCGGCAGAACCGAAAAUGAGCGAUGACGGUCCGAGCGUGGGGGUCACGUGAUUGAAUCUCGGCUACCAGCGCGGGGAGCUAACGGCGCCAGCCGCCCUUCUGUGGGUCGGUCUGCUUGUUGGCAUUGAGCUGUGCUGGUGCCGCCCACACCGCUCUUUCUUUCUAUGUGUGUGUGUGUGUGCGUGCGCGCGCCACUGCAGGACGGCCGGCGAGCCAAUGAAGCGUCUUCUCUCGCGUGACUCGUGUUAUUUCUUUCUUGUUUCAAUCGUGACGUCGUUCUUGUGCGCCGCCUCGACAGGGCAAGUGGUGGAGAGCCAGCGGUCGUUACAGAUACUCAUAUAUAAAUAUAUAUAUAGAAAUAUAUAAUAUAUAAAUACACAUAAACAUUUAUAUUUUCUAGAACCAGAGGGAAGAGUCCGAAAACGCAGCAAUAA